UUAUUUUAUAUUUAAAUAUAACCCUAAAAAGCACAUAACCCAUUGAUCAACAUUUCAUUUCCCUCUCACUUCUCUUUCUCUUUGGUUUUCAUUUCUUGUAGUGCUUAUGGCAAAAGUAGAAGCUAAAGAAUUUGAAGGGACCUUAGAACCCUUCAAAUGUAAGAUAUGUGUUUUGAGAGUCUCUAUUCAUUGUGAAGGUUGCAAGAGGAAAGUCGUAAAGAUUCUGCAUAAUAUUAAUGGAGUUCACUCAGUAGAAAUCGAUCGAAAGCAACAAAAAGUCACAAUCACAACAAACAUCGACGAACAAUCUCUCAUCAAAAGAUUAAUCAAGGCAGGAAUGCACGCAGAACCAUGGCCAGAAACAAAACCCAUCUCAAAAAUCAUCAAAGAAAAACAAAUCCCCGUCGAAAUCCCCCCCGGCGAAACUAGCGCCUCCGUCCGCGACGGUGGAAAGAAGAAACAGACCACUGAAACAGAGCCGCCGGCGGAAGAAUUGCAAGUCCCACCAAGAAAUGAAGAGAAAUCCGGAACUAAUGAGAAUGUCCGGAGAUGCGACGAUGGCCACGGAGAUGCGACGGAGACUGGCGGCCCUGUAGAACGAGUUGUGGAGUCUCCGCCGAACAUCUCCAGUGAGACGCAGCCCGGUAUGCCAAGCGGCGCGGUGGACAUUGAGGCAAGCUGCAGUGGCGACGGAGAAGUGAUGAGGAAGAAGAAGAAGAAGAAGAAGAAGCAAGCGCAGGCGCAGAGGAAAGAGAAGAACAGCGGCGCAGUCGCCGGAGAAAUGGUGAGUCCACAGACAGUUCCCACACCAACAAACAUAGGAUCACCAACUCCUCCCAAUCAAAUUCCAUCAUCCAAUCACAGCCCUCCAUUUAACCAUCCAUUACACACGACCCUAUCGCAACCCGCUUACAUUGCGAGUUACAAUACCGCAUACCCUACGAACACCCACGACGCAUACUACGCUUCUCCGCCAUCGUAUUCCUAUGCUUACGUACAUUCCAUGGCACCAACACUAUCGUCGUCAUUACCAAUCAUGGAACAACCGUAUGCCUAUGCACAUUCGAUCGAACCAAGAAAUAUUUCGCCACUGUCAUCACUGCCACCAGUCGUGGAACAAUCAAACUCUCCACCAUCGAGUCCAUUCGACUUCUUUAGUGAUGAGAAUCCGAGUGGUUGCUCCAUCAUGUGACGAGCAAGACUAUGCUUAGUCAAAUGAUACUAAACGUAUACAACUCGUAUAAAGUAUAUGAGAGUAGAAUUGUAACAAAAGUGUAUAGGAGUAGUAUGUGACCAAGAAAAGGGAAAUAGAGAAAAAGCAAAGACCAAGGGAAAAAAAAGAAAGAACUUUGUGGGUUUUUGUGCUUAGCUUUAUUUAGUGUACUUCACUUCCUUUACUAUUUCAAAAUUUUAGUUUUUUGGGAAAGGAAAAAGAAAAGUAAUUUGCACUGUGAGUUAGGUUAUGUACUUUAGUUCUUAGGUGUUUGUAUUUUAGGUUAAAUUAUAAAUAUCUUCUAUAUAUAUUUUGAAUAUUGUGUUUA